AUGCACGAGCACCUGGCCCAGAACUACCGACGGUUCCCCUACGGCUCGACCCUGGUGAUCGUCACGUCAUUCAUGCCCCCGGAGUUCGUUCAGGUCAUCAACGACCUUGAGCGACAUGGCCACAAGAUGGUUGUCGUCUAUGUGGGCCAGGAGAAGUGCCCGCCGCUGCCUGCGGGUGUGGUGGUGCAUGAGAUACGUGAACGACUCGACCGAUUGGAGGCGGAGUAUGCCGCUGCGGCAGGAUAG